AUGUCGCCCCUGUUCCUCCCAUCGAUCGCCUCCUUCAUCUCCCCUCCGACAUGGUUCCCACCCUCCUCCGCUCUCCCCUUCUCUAAACCCGCACGUGUAGCCAAAAUGCGGAUCUCGGCCUUCUAUUGCUUGGUGUUUUUGUGCUGUGUCGUCGGGAAGGAUCGGCACCCGAACUUGAAGUAUUUCGAGGUCCUGCGAAAGGAGGACCUGUCUCACGAGAUCGUGAAACGGGGGACCGACGAACGCGGUUCUCAUCCCUUCAACAAGAUUAAAGAAGUGUCCUUCGACGCGAUGGGAAGACGGUUUCGGCUCGUACUCUCCCCGCGUCGGGGAAUCCUGGACCCGUACUUCCAAGCGGUCACGGUGAAGGCGAACGGAAAAGAAUCUUCUGUCCCGGUGGAUCACGAGGAAUUCUACGAGGGGCGUGUGUUCGGGGAAACGUCGUCCCAUGUCUCAGCUCACAUCGGCCAUGGUCUCCUGACCGCAUCCAUCGAGACCUCGGGGGAAAUGUACCACGUGGAACCCACAUGGAGGCACCUGCCUAACACCCCCCGCGACGAUUCUAUGCUGAUUUACAAGGAGUCGGACGUGAAGUACAGCUGGGAGCAGCCCGAUGCUCCAUCCAAGGCCUAUUGCGCUCACGUCAAGGAAAAUGUGACGAGUGAGGACGAAGAGGAAGAGGAAUUAGAACGAGUGAAAAGGGAGGGAGAGGAAGAAGGCUACUCUUUUCAGUUGAGGAAAACCCGUUGUCCCUUGCUAUUGGUUGCCGAUUACCGCUUCUUCCGAGAGAUGGGUGCUGGGGACACCAAGACCACCAUUAACUAUCUCAUAAGCCUCAUCGAUCGAGUCCACAAGAUCUAUGCUAAAACGGAAUGGGUGGAUUCCCCCAACCAGAAAGGCUUCAAGGGCAUGGGUUUCGUGAUCAAGAAGAUCCUCGUGCAUUCCGAGCCCACGCCCGUCAAUCCGGGUGAACUUCACUAUAACAUGCACCGAGGUUCCUGGGACGUUCGGAGUCUCCUUGAAGUCUUCAGUCGGCAGUACACCCAUAAGAACUUUUGCCUGGCUCACCUUUUCACCGACAUCAAAUUCGACGGAGGAAUCCUGGGUCUGGCUUACGUGGGAAGCCCCCGACGGAACUCGGUCGGAGGGAUCUGCACUCCCGAGUAUUUUAAGAACGGAUACACUUUAUAUCUGAAUUCUGGACUGAGCAGCUCGCGGAACCACUAUGGUCAGCGGGUGAUCACGCGCGAAGCGGACCUGGUCACGGCUCACGAGUUCGGUCACAACUGGGGAUCCGAGCACGAUCCGGACCUCCCGGAAUGCUCACCCAAGGCAUCCGAAGGAGGCUCCUAUCUCAUGUACACCUACUCCGUCUCCGGCUACGAUUACAACAAUAAAAAGUUCUCGCCGUGCAGCCUCCGGUCCAUCAGGGCGGUCCUGUUGGCAAAGAGCGAGAAGUGCUUCACGGAACCAGAAGAGAGUUUCUGCGGGAACCUAAGGGUGGAAAAAGGCGAAGAAUGCGACGCCGGACUCGUCGGGACGGAGGACGUAGACGCCUGCUGCGACAGCAAGUGCAAGCUGCGACGGAAGGAAGGAGCCGUGUGUAGCGACAAAAACUCCCCCUGUUGCAAGAACUGUCGCUAUAUGCCGAAAGGCGUGAAGUGCCGCGAAGAACAGCUGGCCACCUGCGAACAGGAGGCAAAAUGCAGCGGGGAAUCGGCAGAAUGUCCUCCGUCGCUCCCCUUGCCCGACCACACCCCAUGCAUCGAGAAGGGGAAAUGUCUGGAAGGGAAAUGCGAACCGUUCUGUGAGAGCCAGCGGCCACCGUUGCAGAGCUGCAUGUGCGACAUCCUGGAGAACGCUUGCAGGCGAUGCUGCAGGACGCACCUGAACGACACCUGCUUCCCCGUCGACCCCGCAGACGUGUUACACGACGGCACGCCCUGCAUGGUCGGCUACUGCAAGGACGGCAUCUGUGAGAAGACCAUGCAGGACAUCGUGGAACGCUUCUGGGACGUCAUCGAGUACAUUGACAUCAACUCCGUGCUGCGCUUCCUCCGUGACAACAUCGUCGGAGCCGUGAUCCUCGUCGCAACGGUCGUCUGGAUCCCGUCCUGUUACAUCAUCAGCUACGUGGAUCGGAAGAGGCGGAUCCGACUAGAGAGGCAGAUCCAGUGGUUGGCCACCGAUCGACUCUUACACCCUGCCAACGAGACCAAGGUGAUCAACUUGAGAAAUCGGAGGGUGAAGCCCUACCUCGUGGAUCCAAAUAGUCUACCUCCAAGCAGCACUGCCAUCUGA